AUGGAUAUCUCUUUUAAUGACUUGAAAUUCAUUUAAUAAAUAGGGUAGACUUUGAAUAUGGAAGAAAGGUAUAGAUUGAAAUGUUAAAGGUAGAAUAAAACUAAAAUUGGCAAUUCUUAAGAUUCAAGAGCAUUAUACUUUUGAUGAAGUAUUGUUUUGGGGAAGAGUGGAAGGAGUAGAAAAAGACUAUUAUAUAGCGAUGGGAAUUCAAUAUAAAGGCUAAUACGAGUUCCCGUUGAAAAAAUUCUAUUGGAGGUAUGUAAUUAGGGGUGAAUGUAUUUAGUUCGAAUAAUUAUCACUUUGCUGAAUUACCAAAAUAUAAUGAAGAAUAUGCAUAAAGAGCUGACAACUUAAGAGAGCCCUUUACAGGUUAGCAUGAACAUAUUGUGUUCAAGACCGAAGAAGAGAUCAAUUUUGAGGAUUCCCUGGAAAUCCCUGCGUAACUGCCAGCUAAACACUUUUCAGAAUUAGAAAGACUCUCUUAUGUUGUUUAGUAGGUUGAAUUCCAUUGUGCAUCAAUACCUGUGGGAUCCUACCGUUUGACACCUACUCACGAAUUAAUUAGAAAAGCAUUUAAGGGAGUGAAAGCUGAAUUAAAAAAUUAUUAGCAUUUUAGAGCUCCCACAAGAAAAGAUAAACAGGACUUAAUAGGUAGAAUUGAAAUUGUAUCAUAAAGCUCGUGAUGAGGCUCUGUAUAGGGAAGAUUUCUUGGACUCUUUAGUGGAUGACACUCCCUAUCAAUAGUGGUCUUUGUAAGCAGAUUCAACACAAAGAAAUGUAAUUCUAUUUAUUAUGAGAAUCAGAUAACAAUAAGGAAUUUGAUUUGGCCGGGUUAUGUCACUUAUAACAAUGACUAUACAUUUGGAUAUGCUUAUUUUGGAGAUGGAAUAAAGAAUUCUGAUUUUGAGUUUUUAUUAUGAUUCAGG